AUGUCUUCAAUGCCAGUGAGUUUGUAUGUGGUGAUAUACAGUCUGACUGUGCAUUUCCUAAUGACGAGAGCUUCAAUAAAUGUUUCGGACACGGCAGAACCAGCCACUUUAAUCGUACAAAAGAUGUCACCUUGA